AUGACGGUUCACUCCAACCCCGCCGUGGCUGCUGGCCCCCAUCCGCUGACACAGCUCUCGGCCGACGAGUUCACGAAGGCACGAGACAUCAUUGUCAAGCAGUAUGGCAGCUCUCAGUCCCUGUACUUUAGGCAGAUAAAUCUCGAGGAGCCGAGCAAGGAGUCUCUCAUUCCGUACCUGGAAGCUGAGCAUGCGGGCAGUCUGACGGCAGACACGCCUCGGCCAGCGAGACAGGCUCAUGUCGAGUAUGACCUUAUCAAGGUGGAUAGGCAUGAGCUUGUGAGGGCCGUGGUCGAUUUGGAUGCUGCAAAGGUGGUUCGCAGCGAUACUGCACCACCUCAUUCGUAUCCCUACUUUACCACUGAUGAGUUUACCCAGUUCUUUGACCACUGCGUGGCGUCGGAAAUGUUCAAGGAGGCCAUGACGGAAUUUGUUCUCCCCGAGGGCUUUGAGCUCAGCAUUGAUCCGUGGCCACAUGGCCCGUCAGACAAGGACGACGACCCCAGGCUCAUGCAGGGCCUGGUGUUUGCCCACGACGCGAGGAAGAACCACCCCGACACCAACCACUAUAGCUAUCCCGUCCCCAUCAUCCCCGUCAUGGACUGGGUCACCAAGAAGGUGAUCCGAGUAGACAGGCUGGCCACCGGCGGAAGCGACGACGGCCUGGACCCCGUCCCUCGCCGCGAGAAGCCCAGGAAGCUGUUUGAGAAGUCCAAACCGGCGGAAUGGAUCCCCGAGCUUCUCGAGCACCCGAUGCGGACCGACUUGAAGCCCCUCAACGUCGUCCAGCCCGAGGGCGCGUCCUUCACCAUCCAAGACGACGGCCUCAUCGAGUGGCAGAAGUGGCGGUUCCGCGUGGGCUUCACGCCUCGCGAGGGCGCCGUCCUCCACGACGUGUGCUACCAGAACCGCCCGGUCUUCUACCGCCUCAGCUUCUCCGAGCUGACGGUCCCCUACGCCGACCCCCGGCCGCCGUUCCACCGCAAGCAGGCGUUUGACUUUGGCGACGGCGGCGUCGGCCGCAUGGCCAACAACCUGACCCUCGGAUGCGACUGUCUCGGCGCCAUCCACUACAUCGACUCUCUGCUCAGCGGCCCCGACGGAUCGCCCAUGCCAGCAGAAUCCGUAGUCUGCAUCCACGAGGCCGACGAAGGCAUCCUCUGGAAGCACACCAACUUCCGCACCAACAACGCCGUCGUAGCGCGGGCCCGAGAGCUGGUCGUGCAGUUUAUCUGCACCCUCGCCAACUACGAGUACAUCUUUGCCUUUAAGCUCGACCUAGCGGGGGGCAUUACCCUCGAGACGCGCGCCACCGGCAUGCUCAGCGUCGUGGCCAUUGACGAGGACAAGGCCAGCGGCUACGGCAACGUGGUGGCCCCCGGGGUGCUCGCCCAGAACCACCAGCACAUCUUUGCCGCGCGGAUCGACCCGGCCAUCGACUCGUACCGCGGCACCCAGGUCGUCGUCGAGGAGAGCCACGGUGUGAGGAAAAACCCCACGACCAACCCCCACGGCAACCUGUACGAGGUCAGGCGCCGCGUCGUCGACGGGCCGACGCACGUCGACGCCGAGCCGAGACUGAACCGGACCCUGAAGAUGGAGAACCCCGACAGGAAGAAUGCCGUUUCGGGCAGGAACCUGGCGUACAAGCUCGUCGCGCCGGCUACCCAGAUGAUGCUGGCGGACGAGGAGAGCGUCCUCUCCCAGCGCGCGCAGUUUGCGCGGCACAACGCCUGGGUCACCGGGUACCGGGACGGCGAGUUCUGGGUCGCGGGGGAGUUUACUAACCAGAGCCGCGCGGAGGCCGGAGGCAUCGGUGACAUGGUUCGCCGGGGGGACUGGUUCACGGAGGAAGGGAAGCCAAGCGGCGCCAAUGGACACGGACAGAGGAGCUCGCCUGUGGUUUGGCCCGUGUAUGGCCUCACGCAUAAUCCCCGCGUGGAGGACUGGCCGGUCAUGCCCAUAGAGAUGUACCAGAUUCACCUUCGCCCCGUGGACUUUUUCGAGGCAAACCCUGCUCUUGAUGUUCCGUCCAAGAAGAAUGAGUCGAGUGUGCUUGUCCCAUGCUGCGGGACCAACCGAGUCGCCAACGGCAACGGGUGUGCUUCUGCGUAG